GCCUAACUCGCUCUCCUUUCUACAAGUAAUAGUCACAUGACACGUUUCCUGUCAAGAUGGCGGACAAUCUCCCGUCGGAGUUUGAUGUGAUCGUAAUAGGGACGGGUUUGCCUGAGUCCAUCAUUGCGGCUGCAUGUUCAAGAAGUGGCCAGAGGGUUCUGCAUGUUGAUUCAAGAAGCUACUAUGGAGGAAACUGGGCCAGUUUUAGCUUUUCAGGUCUGUUGUCCUGGAUAAAGGAAUACCAGGAAGAUAGCGACAUUGUGAAUGAUGGCCCAGCAUGGCAUGAACAGGUCCUUGAAGAUGAAGAAGCCAUUGCUCUUGGCAAGAGGGACAGAACCAUUCAACAUGUGGAAGUGUUUUGUUAUGCCAGUCAGGAUUUGCACGAAGGUGUCGAAGAGGCUGGUGCACUGCAGAAAAACCACGCAUUGGUGGCGUCGGCGACCUCCACGGAAGCCGCAGGUUUGGCCUGCCCGUCCCUGGAAGACGAGUCAUCGCGCACUGCGAGCUGUGAAGGGCCCACGGAACCAGCUCCGAGCCACGAUCCAGAGAACGCUCUGGAAGUAAAUGAUGCCGAAGUGACAGGGGAGAAAGAAAACCAUUGUGACGAUAAAACUUGUGUGCUGUCAACCUCAGAGGAAACAAGUGACAAUGUGCCUGGAGCAGAAGACAGGAAAAACAGGAUUACUUACUCGCAAAUUGUUAAAGAAGGCAGGAGAUUUAAUAUCGAUUUGGUAUCAAAGCUCCUGUAUUCUCGGGGAUUGCUAAUUGAUCUCCUAAUCAAAUCUAAUGUCAGUCGCUAUGCAGAGUUCAAAAAUAUUACCAGGAUUCUUGCAUUUCGAGAAGGAAGAGUGGAACAGGUUCCUUGUUCAAGAGCAGAUGUCUUCAAUAGCAAACAACUAACAAUGGUAGAAAAGCGAAUGCUAAUGAAGUUUCUUACGUUUUGUAUGGAGUUUGAGGAACAUCCUGAUGAAUAUAAAGCCUAUGAGGAGAUGACAUUUUCUGAAUAUUUAAAAACUCAAAACUUAACUCCCAAUCUGCAAUAUUUUGUUCUGCAUUCGAUCGCGAUGACGUCAGGGACGGCCAGCAGCACCGUCGAGGGCCUCAGAGCUACCAGAAACUUCCUGCACUGUCUCGGGCGCUACGGCAACACCCCCUUCCUGUUUCCUUUGUACGGCCAUGGGGAGCUCCCCCAGUGUUUCUGCAGGAUGUGUGCUGUAUUUGGUGGAAUCUAUUGUCUUCGCCAUUCAGUGCACUGCUUUGUUGUGGACAAAGAAUCCAGAAAAUGCAAAGCAAUCAUAGAUCAGUUUGGUCAGAGAAUAAUGGCUAAGCAUUUCCUCGUGGAAGACAGUUACUUUUCUGAGAACACGUGUUCGCACGUGCAAUACAGGCAGAUUUCCAGGGCGGUCCUGAUUACAGAUAGAUCUGUCCUGCAAGCGGAUUCAGAUCAACAGAUUUCCGUUCUCACAGUGCCACCGGAGGAAGCGGGAACUUCCGCCGUGCGCGUCGUUGAGUUAUGUUCUUCAACAAUGACAUGCAUGAAGGGCACACAUUUGGUUCAUUUGACUUGCAUGUCUUCUAAAACAGCAAGAGAAGAUUUAGAACCAGUUGUGCAGAAAUUGUUUACUCCAUAUACGGAAAUGGACAUAGAAAAUGAAGUUGAAAAACCAAGACUUCUAUGGGCUCUUUACUUCAAUAUGAGAGAUUCUUCAGACGUCAGCAGGAACGCUUACAGUGAUUUACCAUCCAACGUUCACGUCUGCUCCGGCCCGGACUGUGGUUUAGGAAAUGAUAAUGCAGUCCAACAGGCUCAGGCGCUCUUUCAGCAAAUGUGCUCCAAUGAAGAGUUCUGCCCGCCCCCCCCAAAUCCUGAAGACAUCAUUCUGGACGGAGACAGUUUACAAUCGGGGGCUUCGGAACCUGGCGUCGUACCAGAGGCUCCCAAGGAAAGCGCAGACCUCGGAAAGCCGGAGGAGCUCUCUGAGUAACAGAUACACAGCAAACCUGGGUAUCGCAGAGUCUUCUCGAUCUACCAACGGUUUGAAAAAUCUUCUAAAGCAGCGCUCGCUUGUCGCGCAGAACUCCCCAGAGACACAGGCCUAAAAAUCCAGAAGGGAGUUUUCCUUAAAGAGGACAUUUCAAGAACACACAAUACUUGUAAAGCACAUCGACUCACCUGCUUUUAAGGUACCAAACCUGUGGAGUUACCAGAUAAGAAUGACAAAUGGAUUGUUUGCCAGGAACAUAGCUUUGGAGAUGAAAGUGAUCCUAUGCAUUGUUAAUAAUUCCGUGCUUUUGCUUUGCCACUUUGGAUUUGGAUCUUUGUUUGAAAGCCACAUAUGUGUUCAGCAUCAGCUCACUUAUUUCCUCUCAUUAUUUGAAUUAUACUUUCUUUCAGGGUGUGAGCAUCCUGACAGAGAAGAUAAAAGCCUAUGUCAAUGUUAUUAAGAAAAAGGAAGUACCGUAUUUCGCCAUGUAUAAUGCACUUUUUUUUUUGGCCCAAAUUUUUGAAGGAAAAAUAAGGAUGCGCAUCAGACAUGGGUAGUACCUGAAAUCCCUUGUAGCUGUUCUUGUGUUUUGUAAUUAUUUGUUACAUAAAAUUUCUUGUACCAUACUAUGCUCAAAAAGAGAUGCUAAACUUCCUUUAUAAUAUGAAAAACAAGUACUUAAAUAAAAAUAAAUAAAAACUGGAUUAAAAAUUAAAAGAUUUUUUUCCUGAAACUUUGGGCCAAAAAUGUGGGUGCGCAUUAUGCACGGCAAAAUACGGUAUUGUGACCCAACGGGAACCUGUAUUUGGAAUAGAGGUUUUGUUUUCUUGAGAAGUAUUGAAAAGCUAAUACAAAAGUAGAUGUUUUUAACAAAUCAUGAAUCCAUUGCUUAAGAGUUUUUUAAUGUUAGUACUGAUUUUUAUAUUUGAAUCAUUUACACAGUAGGAAAGCUCAGCACUGAAAAAAAUGGAAGGAAAGAUGUGGAUAAGCUCAUUGGACUUUGGAAGCACUGGACGUAACUGUCCUAAUUGUCUAUGGACCUAAUUUAGUGCGAGCCACGCUACUGAUGAUAUUAGACAACUACUGUUUAAUUUCUGGGCCUUGGUGUCUCCAUAUGGAAGGUGGAAAUAGUAAUACCCUGCCUAUUUUCUAAGAACGAUUUUAAAGAUUAAUGCAGUGCCAUCUUUAGAAUGGUUUUUCUGGGGAAAAAGUCAUCUCUUCAUUUUCCCAUCGACUUGAAGGUGACUCUCAAAAAUCUGAGGCUGCAAGCAAUUAUUGACAACAAAUAGUUGUUUGUCGUCAACUUCCGCGACACUGUGGAUCACGGUGUUUUUAUUGCACUAGGACUUUUAUAGUCGUAUAGACCAGUAAAUAUAGUAACAUGUCAAAUUCUGCUUUUGAAUCUUAAUAAGGAAAACACUUCAUAAGGAUCAUUUUUUUUAUAUAUCUCUUCAGAUAGAUAAACCUGAAAGCACCCAGGACUCUGAAUAGAAUAUAACAAUUGGUAAAUUCUAGAACUCCCUUGAUAUAAAAUGUGAGGGCUCUACCCAGGCAGCAAAUCUAGUGACGGUGACUCUAUUAAAAUUUUUUGUCCAAAUGCCAAUCUCUGAUGGUUUACUUUUUUGAGCUACAGUGUGGAUUGAACAAUUUAUCUCAAUAUAGGAAAACAUAGGAAGUUUCUUGGUGUGCAACCCACCCGGUAGUGCUGAGCAGGGAGCCGUGACUGCAGCACAAAGCGCAGAGGUCUUGCAGACUUCAGCUGCAGGAGCUCUGGCCUCUCCAGAUUUCCAGGAACGUGUUAAGGAAAGUUAGCUGGUCAGGUCCCAGCACACGCGCAAUGAAAGCCAAGGACUGUAUCUCUCGCCUGGCAUCCAACCUCCUUCCACUAGAGGUGGAUCCCGGUGCGAGGACCUUUCCAGCCCCUCAGGCUACUCCCAAUCGCUCUGCCCCUCCCCUGUGUCUACUUCCUUCUCCCUCUCUCUUCCUUUUCUGCAAUACUAUACAAAUCAGGGACAGUGGAAUCACAUGAUAAUCGACUUUGUUCUAUGGAUUCAGAUCUUCCUAAUGUCAAAUCAUGUUUCCUGAAUCCCAAGCACAGCAUGCGCUACGUGCCCAAUCCAUACCUACAAUACAUACCCCAGACCCCUGCUCCUCUCUACCAGCAAUAUAUUAUAAGGUUCCCCUGUAUGACAGUAAGGAGUCGGAAUACAAUUGCACUAAUUAAGAUGUUGUACUUUGUCCUAGUCUUAGAGUUCAGGCCUCUGGAAUAGAGCAUGCACAUUUAUGUAUCUAAACAGCCAAUCACAGGAGGCCAAGGAUAGUCUGUGGUUUCAUCCAUUACCCAGCAUCAGAAUCUCUCUUCCAGGUUAUUCGAGCCUGUGGAAAUGUUUAAAACCCCGUAAAUAUGAUUAGUGAUGAUUAAGAUAAUACACAACUGUUCAAAACAUUGUGUUAGAGAAAGUUAGGUAUUUCCUGUUGCCUCAAAAUGUAAACGUUAUUUUAAGAGCUUUCUUUUCAGUGAUCUUAAUUACUGCGAAUAAAUAUUUGUUCAUUUUUUUUAAGUCAAAAAAAGAAAACCCUUUUAGUUCUGUGGUAAAACCAUAAGCCUGAAGUCCUAUGAAUAAAAUUAAUGUGUUGUACAUGAUGCAGAAAUUUCAGUAACUAAUGUAAAGCUUUAAAAAGUGCUAUUAUCAAAGAAUUUUGAUUCAUGUGUUUAAAGUGUUUAGUUAUGCAUGCUUCUCAUUAAUCAAACUUGAUGAUGCCAUUCAGUUUAGUGAUCAAUAUGAAAAGUUACCCUGUUGCUACUGUAUUUUUGUCUAGUUGGUAUGCCUGCCAGAAAAACAAAUAUAUAUCUAUAAUAAACUUAUAUAUUUUUCUAUAGGAAUACUGAGUGGUUUUUUUCCCGAUCUCCUGUGAUAUUUAGUUCCUAUAGUAAAAUCUCCACAUUAAUGAUUAACCUUAGAAUGGUCUCAAGUAACGGCUGCGGUAAUGGUUAACUUCUAUCACAGCAAUAGUUCCUUCGAAGGCAGCCUUCGUCUGAAGACCCAAAGACCUCAGUAUUUUGUUGAAAUUGAAUUGCUAAAGAGUAGUGAUUCUUUAAAGCAGGAAUGAAACGAUUCUCUUACAAACAAGUUAUUUACUGCUAUUGGUAGUCAAUCAUUCAUCUCUCUGCUCUCGGUUAUCUUAUAUCCAUUUCAAAAAGCAUGAACAUAUGAUUAUUCAUAACUUGCAUACUGUAACAGUAAGUUUUUAAAGGAAAUA